AUGCCCGACUUUGGCGGCGGCGCGCUCGACACCCCGCGAACAAACAUUGGGGAUGCGACCUACCUUGGACAGCCCGACUUUGCCGAUAUAACACAAGAAGCAUCCUUUCAGUCACCCCCAAAAGAGGGCAAUCUCCUACAACAACUCCGCAAUGGCCGCUCUAAUGGCAUCAAUCUUCGCACCCCGCGCCAGAGAGGGCCCUUGGCCGACCGCAGAAACCUUCCUCCCAGCGUUGGAGGUGCCGAAUUCACACCCUUACUUAAAUCAGCAACAAGAAAUAGCGUGCGUCACUUCGGCAAAGAGAAUGGCGCUGCAGUACCGAACACACCCGCAUUAGACAAGAUCGACGAAGGUGACCUGACUCCCGUCCCCCGCGGCGACACGUCCAUCUACCUAGGGUCGCGUAAUCAGUCUUAUAUGGAGAACGCCAUUCCCGAGGUCGAUACCAGUAGCGCUGCCUCAACCCCGUUGGCUGUUCCCCGAAGGAGAGGCGGCGAUAAGGGACCCCUCCAGGAUGGUAAUCAGCUUUCGCUAAGAGAGCAGGAGAAUGUGAUUGAUAGGAUCGAAAAGGAGAAUUUCGGACUGAAGCUCAAGAUUCAUUUCCUAGAAGAGGCGCUUCGAAAGGCUGGGCCUGGCUUUAGCGAAGCGGCCCUCAAGGAGAACACCGAGCUCAAGGUCGACAAAGUUACAAUGCAAAGAGAACUGCACCGGUACAAAAAACACUUGACAACCGCCGAGAAGGACUUGGAGAGCUAUCGACAGCAAAUGCUAGAAGUACAGGAGAAGGCUAAGCGGAAAUACGCCAACCAGAAUAACCAGGCCGAAGUUGAGAAGCUGCAGCGCAUAUUAGAAGAUCGCGAAGCAGAUAUCGAAGACCUCCAGCAACAGUUACAACAACAGAAAGGGAACAGCGACCAGGUCGAAAAGCUGCAGGAUGAUAUCGGUGACCUCGAGGCUGACAUUCGGGAAAAGGAUCAGCAACUUACGGAGCGUGAAGACGAGCUCGAGGACCUGAAGGAGCAAAUGGAAGCCCUCAGAGAUGCUGUAUCAGAGGCGGAAGAGAAAACCAAGGACGCUCAACGAAAAAUGUUGGCAUUGGAGGAGAAGGCCCAGCACAACGAUGAGCUAGAUGAUGCCAAAGACACCAUCCAGGACCUCGAGCACAACAUCCGCCGUCUCGAGGAGCAAGUUGAGGAUGCGAAAGCCAAGAUAGAGGACGCUGUAGCCGAAAAAGAGCGGGCCGAGCACGAUCUUGAAGAGCUUCAGGAUGAUAUGGCCAACAAGUCAGUGGUGACAAAGGGACUUUCUCGUCAAAUCGAAGAGAAGGUUGCUCGGUUGCAAGAGGAAUUGGAUCAAGCUGGCCAAGACUAUGCUACUCUAGAGAAGGAGCAUCACGAGGUAACGCAGGAAAACGACUCCCUGCAGUCUACCGUUAAGGAGCUCAAGAAGAACCACGAAAAGUUCGGUCGCGAACGAAAUUCUCUAUCAACCAGAAUCGAGCAGCUUGAGGCCGAUCUUCGAGCUCGAACUGACGAAAAGAACGUCCUUCAAAGCCGACACGAUGCACUCGCAACUGAGUCCAGGUCCCUUCAGAAGGAUGUCCAGAAGCUAGAAAAGGAAAUCCAAGAUCUUAAGGAUGGUCUAGCGGAAGAGAGAGAGCAUGCGUUAGAAAUUGAAAAGGAUAUCCGUGGUCAAUACAAAGCGGAGAUGGAUCGCCUCAACGACGAAAUUUCGGAUCUUCAGGCAGAAAUCCGCGAAAAAGACAACCUUUAUGAUAACGAUAGCGAGAAAUGGGAAACCGAGAAGCAAAAUCUUGAAUCAGAACGAAAUCGCGCCGAAGAAAAGGCAACAGGUUUACAGAGAACCAUUGAUCGCCUCAGGGAAGCUGAGGGCACACUCUCGGAUAAGGAAUCAAGGUUACAAGCAGCUAUUCAAAGCGAGAAUGAACGACACAGGAGCGAAGAAGGAAUCCUCUCACGACAGAUUGAGGACCUUCAGGACGCCCUUGAAACUCGACAGACGUUAUUGACAAAUCUGCGCAAUGAACUUUCCACUGUUCGUGACGAGUUACGACAGACACAGAUCGAGCACCAGACACAAGUCCGAAGAGUGGCUGCAUUAGAGGAUGAGGUGGAUGUUCUGCAAACAACACUGGAUAAAGAACAAAACGCCGGACGCUAUGAGGCCGAGGCUGCUAAGCGAGAGUGCGAGGAUUUGAGAGAACAGCUCAAGUCUCUACGACAACGCACCAAUUCAUCCCAAGCAGCAUCAACGCAAGUCCUCAACAAGGAGAUUGACCAUCUCAGGGAACAACUUCGAGAGGCACGCAAAAGCGCAGAUCUCCACGAAGGUGCCAGUCUCGAGGUGGAAGACCUGAAAGAACAACUAAAGGCUCUUCGUCAACGAGCUGGCUCGUCUGAUGCUGCUAGUCAGGAGAUUGAUGACCUCAAAGAGCAGCUCCGAGCUUUGCGACAGCGCGCCAAUGCAUCAGAGGCUGCGAAUAUUGAGGUUGAGAAUCUCAAGGAGCAGCUGAGGGUGAUGCGCCAGAAGGCCGGUUCAUCAGAAGCCGCCCAGUUUGAGAUUGAUGACCUCAAGGAAGAGCUUAAGACAUGGCGUCAACGAGCCGAGGCAGCCCAGGCCGCUAUUGCUACUUCAGAGCAAGAUGCUCAGCAGUCGACUGAAUCGAUGACACGAUUGAAGUGGCAGCUUUCGGACGUCAACUCUCAAUUAGAUAAGCUCUCCAAGGAGAAGCAGUCUCUUCAAGACCAAGUUGCCAAGAUCACUGCUGAACUCCAUUCUGUCAGCUUCUCUCUGGCUGAAGUUAAGGCAGAGCGGGAUGAACUUGAUGGGGAACUUCGCCGAACGAAAUUCUACGACAAUGAAACCCUCCGCGUUGAUCAAGAGAGACUUGACCUCCGCACGGCCAAACUCAAACUUGACAAUGAAGUACGACGCCUCAGAGAUGAGAACAAGGCUCUCAUUGAGCAGCGUGAUGCGAUCGAAAAGACGCUAGAGGAUGAAAUUGAGAAAGCUGCCGAGGAGGAAGAACGUCUGGGGCAGGAGAUUCUUCAGCUACAGGCCAAGCUACGACAAUCGUCCUCAACAGACAGCCAUGAUAUCGCUGCUGCUCGGCGCACGAUUCGUGAGCUUGAGCGUCGUAUCGAGGAUUAUGAAGCCCAGCUGAAUACUCGCCAUAUACCUAACAACUUCGAGGGUAAUAGCGAGCUAUCUAUGAUCCGCAAAGACCUCACUACAGCUCGUCAAAAGGAGCUAGAGUUCCUGCAGAAAGAAUCUGCCCACCGUGAUGUCGUCAAGGGUCUGAAGCGACAAAUUGCCGACCUCGAGCGUCAAGUUCAUGAGACUGAAGUCUCUCGCCUCAUUGUGUCUCCAAAGUCUUCAACCAGUGAUUCUGGUCGCAAGUCGGAGGUCACGGAGCUCAGAAGCCAACUCUCCGCAGCUCAGAAGUCAAUACAGGAUCUCAGAGCCAAGAACCGUGAUGCCGAGCGCAGAGCGAUGCAAUUGUCUCAGGACUUCCAGCGCCAAUUGAACGAUCUCGAGGAUCAGAAGAUAGUACUCGAGGAGGUUCUCGAGGAGGCAAGAGCGCAAGCCGAGGAGACAGCAGCACAGCAUGAGCGUGCUCUUCGUCGCAUGAAGCAUCAACUAGAUAAGGCAGAGCGCGAGCGCAACGCCUUGGCUACAGUACAGCCUGACCUUAGCAAACAUGACCGCCAACUGAGGAAGAAUAAGGCUGAGAUGGAGAACCUGGAGCAUGAUGUCCUUCAGCAACAGCAACUCAUCGAGGGCCUUGCCAUCUCCGAAGCUUCUCUUCGGCGCAAGCUAGAGCGAGCACGCAGCGAGCGGGCAGCUUUCCGUAUGAGCGCGGAGAAGUUACAGAAGGAUCUUGAGCGCAUCAAGGCUACAGCAGUCGCCGCUAGAAACGGAGCUUCUGACCGACGAAGCGCUGUUGACCGCAAGGCUCUGGAUACCACCAUUGAAGGAGCUGACCAGGCUCUCGAGACAGUGAUCAGGGCAGCUGAGAGCGCCGACGAGCGUCACAGGAAGGAGUUGCGAGGCAUGGUGAUGCAGAUGGAGUGGAUGCAGGCCCGUUUCCAGCGUGAGGCCUCUCUUCGGGCUGAUGCCGCGUAUGCGAAGAAGUUCCUCCAGCUGCAACUCGAUGUUGCCAAUGCAUGCAACAAAGCUCAAUUGCGUGAGCUUGAAGACAUUCGCACGAAUCUCCUUGGCAACAAAAAGGCUCUCUCUCUACCCAGCCACACAACAGCUACCACCUCCAACACAAAACCUACUCUCAAGACCUUCCUUGUCAUGGCGCGCUUCAUCGCUCGUGCUCGCUUGUCGGCCAACAACUGGGCCAAGCAAGAAGUUGUGCGUCGCAAACUUGUUGUUGCAACUGAGGAGCAGCGCAAGGUGAAGCGAUCGAGGCAACUAAAGGUUGUGAGAGCUGAAGCAUAA